AUGCCCUUUCUCGACUUCAACCUCUUCCUCCGCUGUGCAAGCCAGCUUAAAGACGACAUCCUACAGCCUCAGCCUCACACCAUAUCUGUCAUGGUUGCCCCCAAAGUCCUGCCCCCCUCCAUAAACACAUUCCUCGCUGAGCAGGCCACCCUCUCAGAAGAUGCUGUAGAUGUAUUAUGGGGGAUUACUAAGGACCUCAUCUGGACCCUACCCACACUGGCGCAGGCCGUCGCAGAUGAGGAGGAGGUCUUUAGGUGCUAUGGUCAUGGGCACGGGAUUACACAAACAGCUAAGCGCACAUUAUAUCCUCCCGUCAAGAAGUGUAUCAACCCUGACUGCGAUGCUUGGCGCAACAACACACUGCUCAAGAAGGAGGAACAACGACGAGUAGUCAUCUUCACUCAUGUGGACGGAGCCCACCCUGCAUGGUUCGUUCAUCUCAAAUGUCGAAUUUGUCACACGAACUAUCACAAUAACUACAGUGUCAAGGACGGCAUCAGAACAUACUAUGGUGGGAUACCAUCAUACCUCCAGGUUGCAGAGCAUCAGUUCGUCCAGCUCGAGCUCGCCAUGAGCUGGAUGGACUUGAUGCAAAUUCCGGUAUCUGCUACGAACUGCGCACACCUGUAUGAUAUUGCCCAAUCUCGCCGAGUCACCAACGACGAUGAACCAUGGCAAUUUGGAAGCUCAUUGACGCCGAAGGAGGUCUGGCAUUCAUUCACACUUCUCGCAUUGCUCGACGACCAUGACCAGUGCCACAUACGACUCCAAGUUCCCCAUAGUGGAGAUCACAAGGAUCGGUUUGCACAGGCCAUGCGUGAGCGCACUGAGCGCAUUGUCACGUACGGGCAGGAAGAGCUUCCGCAUGCAUGUGAUGGAUGUAUGCGGGUAUUUGAGAUGCCAGACGGGACUUUCAGCCGCACGGAGGUUGUUGUUACUGACGGAGUCACUGUGGGGCGCCCAUGCUGUGCAGUUCCACGGUGCACCAACUCACUUGCAAGCACCCGUCACCGAUUCUGUUCUGAUGACCCUGCGCACCAGGAACUGGAGAUGACAUGCGCUGUCGACGGUUGUGAUCGGCCUGUCACCCACGACAGUCAGUCAGGCAGGCCUCAUAAAGCAUGCAAUGACCCUCUUCACCUCCACAUGGAGGCCCUCAAUGUUGAAUCCUUACGAACUGGCAAGAGUCGAACCCGACACCAGAAGGGUGCGAAGUUAGAUGAUACAAUGGCUGCACUUCUCCCCUCUGGUGGUGCUCUCCCUGUCCAAGAUGGUGAUGAGUGGUAUGAGCUCAAUGAACAGACGGGAGACACUCGCCUUGUGCAACCCACAGUCACAACGUCCACUGGAGUCUCGGAAGAAGCGCCCACCAAGUGCGAAGCCAAGGAGACCCAAGUCAAGCUCAAGGCAAUCUUCCGACGCCAGCGCACUAACAAUGAACAACUUGUUGUCCAUCCUUGCGGGAUCAUCAAUGGGCACAGUACCAUGUACCACCACGAGGCUGUGUCUAAUGUUCUUGUUCUGAUCGAGCAGAUAUAUUCACUGCCCCGUGCACGCAAACCACAGCACUUGAUAUACGAUUCAAACUGUAAUGCACUGCGUGAAGUCACGAGCCGCCGCAUCCAAUUUUUCAAUGGCAUGGGCAUGUGCGUUGACGCAUUCCACCACAAGACAAAGCAUAAGGCCAACGACACCUUGUGUCGGGAACACUGUGACAUGAGGGCUUAUCCCGAAUUGUUGCAUGACAAUGGCAAGUUCUACUUCAAUUCCUCGAUCACAGAGCAGACCAAUGUGUGGUUCGGUGCAUUCCAUAAUAUCUGUCGGGAGAUGACGCCUGUCAGGUAUGAUUUUUUUUUAGAUGAGAUGAUCAUCCGCCGAAAUCACAUUACUUUAGCUACAUUGCUCGCAAAGGGUAAAAAACCGCAUCAUCCCUUGGUUCAUAACUCAGUUUAG